CGUCCCACCCUCUUAUUUAAAGGGCCUUGCGUUUUCCUGAAGUUUUGGCGAUUACAGAGGAAGAGGAAGGCAGACAUCGAGCAGAGAUGGGCAUCGCAUGCCAGGAUGGUAGGGAGGAAGUCAUCCAAGCAUGGUACAUGGAUGAUAGUAAUGAAGACCAGAGACUCCCCCAUCACAAGGAUCCUAAGGAAUUUGUGUCCUUGGACCAACUUGCUGAACUAGGUGUACUGAGUUGGCGUUUGGAUGCUGACAACUAUGAAACUGAUGAGGAUUUGAAGAAGAUUCGUGAGUCACGUGGAUAUUCCUACAUGGACUUCUGCGAGGUCUGCCCGGAAAAGCUGCCAAAUUAUGAGGAGAAGAUAAAAAGCUUUUUUGAGGAACAUCUCCACACCGAUGAGGAAAUCCGCUACUGUGUGGCAGGAAGUGGUUAUUUUGAUGUAAGGGACAGAAAUGACCAGUGGAUUCGUGUAUGGGUGAAGAAAGGAGGAAUGAUUGUCUUACCUGCUGGAAUUUACCACCGUUUUACAUUGGAUAGUAACAAUUACAUCAAGGCAAUGCGACUCUUUGUAGGGGAUCCGGUCUGGACUCCGUACAAUCGCCCUCAUGAUGAUCUUCCUGCAAGGAAGGAGUAUCUUGAAGCUUUCGUGAACAAGGAGCUCGGCAACCGUGCUGUUGAUGCUGCUGCCUGAAAUCUGAUUGUCCUUCCUACACUUUUAUAAUAAUUAACAUAAUAAAAAUAUGAUGAGUAUAUAGGAUGUGGCUUGCUGUGCUCAUGAGUUAAUACCAACAGUACUUAUUGUUUAUAUACAAUAUCGUGCGUGUAUAAUCGUACAGCCUUGCUCCGAUACUCCAAUACUGGUCUAUUUCAGUCGACAAUUUGUAGGAUUUGGUUAAAAAAAGGUAGCUUGAUGUAUGUUAUCUUUUAUGCUGAAUACAUAAUUGGAGAAUGGAGAUGGAUCUUUUAGCUUCAAA